AUGCCACUAAAGGGUUACUGCAUCGCUAUUGUUGACUGUGAUAAUGGGAACAAUAUUGUCACUCUUUGGGAAGCAAAGUUUAGUGAUGAUGCCGCCGUCGCUGACUUGAAGGAGAGCUUAAACAGACUUCAUAUGCCUGGCCGCAAAGCUAUCGCUCACUCAGUUGUUUAUUGUCACCCAAUUGUGCGAGAAAGGGGCCACCUCCUCCCGAAAAGGCGUUUUGCCGACAAGGUUGUCAUCGAUGCGGCCUUCAUGGAAGAAUGCGUGAUCGUGGACGAUGCCCACGAGCUCUCUGAUGUGAGAGAUAAGUUGCGAGGACCAUCCGAGGAUUCAGUCUUCUUAUUUGCUCUAUGCAGCAUCAUUAACACUGCUGGUACCCCUACCUUCUAUCAGAGAGGAAGAGACCCAACCAAAAAGAGGCGUCAAGCUCGUGCCCCGUCUGAGGACGCCAAGAACGAUGCAUUAUGCAAGACGCAGAAGCCUUCACAAGACGAAGCAAUUUAUAACGGCCGUCCUCAUACUGUUACCGGCCCCUCCAUAUCCAUCUUUCAUCCCAUCUUCCAGACCUUUUCGCAACGUCUCUCAAAACCUUUCAAGAACACGGACUACGAUCGCGAGGACUUUCGAACGGCCAAUGAACUCUUACAAAAAUCUGCCGCAUAUUAUCCCGACGAAACACAACGCCAACUCGCUAUUGAACCCCUCUUUGCUCACUUCCUUGGAGCCAUGGUACUGGCACCCGCCACUCUGCACAGUGGCCAGCAAAUGUUUAAACCUGAUGGAGUUCUGCAUGUCCAGUGCGGGCCAUUCAAGACGCGUGAAUCGGGACGAACGAAGAUGUGUAGUGAUAUCAACGAGAUCAACAACGGUGUCGGUCUAGGUGGUUGCGAUCCGAUGGAACAGGCUGAAAAAGAUUACGUCUUGGUUUGCACUGCUCCCGAGCUCCAGCCUCUCCGUCGAGUGUCAUGCAUGCCGGCGUUUCUUAUGGCCGUCACAGGACCUUCUGUAUCCAUUUCAGGCGCUGUCUAUCUUGAUGGUGCAGUGAUUGGGCACUUUCUACUGGUACCACCUACUCCGUGCAAGAAAGUCCCUGCCGGCUACCCCUCGUAUCGUGACCAACACAUUGGGCAGCUUGUGCAUACCUUCAGAGCUCUUAGGCGGUGCCUCGACGACCUUGACGUGUGCUAUGGCCAGAUGAAGCCGUCCGACUUCAGCAACUAUGAGUUCCUUCCUGCGCCACACUUUAAGACAUUCACACCUAAAAACUUUGAACCUGUGCAGCUUAGAUACAUUAAACGCCUAAACUCGCGUUUCAUUCGCGACCCGCGGUCGAUUUUCUUUGCGGAGGCCAGUGGCGGCUUUCUGCAGCCUACCAGAUGUGUCGUCAAGUUUACUUCCCAGUAUUGCAAGGAAGCGCACGAACUGAUGUUCAACGAGGGCGUCGCCGCUCGAUUGCUUCACUGCGGAUGGGAGGACUCUGUCGGCAUGUAUGUUGUCAUCACAGAGUUUCUCGAGGAGCCCAAACAUGCUUCGCCGUCCCCUGAAGGGCUCGAAAGGCUUCGAAAGGCUUUGGAGACGUUUCACCGGAAGGGAUUCGUUUUCGGCGACUUGCGGAUGCCGAAUAUUAUCCUCGAUACCGACGGUCAUCCACGCCUCAUUGAUUUCGAGUGGAGCGGCCGCGAAGGCGAAGUGCAGUACCCUGCCAAUCUCAACACGGGCGCUGGAUUUCCGGAGGGCGUGGACACCUGCGAUUUCAUCACGGCUGAGCAUGAUAGGGUCAUGUUGAAAAAGUAUGAAGAGUAG